AUGGCUCCCUUGUUGGUCAGAGAAGGCUGCAUCCAGGUUUUAGCCCACACGCCCAACAGCGUCAUCUACGCGGUCGACACCGACGCUGAACCUGGUCAUGCUAGAGACACAUCCACAGUUCGGAAAGGCUGGGCAGUCUGGUACAAGGGCAGCGAGCCACUUGGCCCGGUACGACCCGCGGAGGAGGCGGACGCGAUGGUUCGUAGAGAGGCCGCCAUAUACGACGCCCUCGGGAAGCACGACCGUAUCCUCGAAUGCGUCAGCCUCGAGGUGGCCGUCCUGGAGGGAGCUGGCCCGGAGCCGAAAGCCUGGGCGCUGCGCCUAGAGCGUGCUCCCGGCGGCAGCUUGCGCCAGUAUCUAUACGACAACCCGUCACCCCCGCCAGCCGAGUGGAUCCGGCUGUCGUUGGCAACCCAGUUCGCCCAAGGCCUCUCGCAUGUGCACUCCCGUAACGUCGUCUGGAGCGACGUCUCGGCUCGCAACGCCCUCCUUUUCGGCGGCUGGCGCCUCAAGCUCUGCGACUUUGGCACCUCGUCGCUCUUUGAGAACUAUGACCACGACUGGUGGGGUGCCGAGAGCCGUUACACACCGCCCGGACCCCAGGCCAACGCCCAGGUGCGAAGGGACGUCCGGGUCGACACCAUCCACCGCGAGAUCUUCGUCCUCAGCUCUGCCAUCUAUGAGAUUGUCGAGUGGAAGGUCCCCUAUCGUUCGGAGAAAGACGUGUCACUAGACGAGGUCCACAGGAGGUUGAUCGCCGGUCAGUGGCCCGAACUGGAUGAAAAUAACCCUGCCAAGGAGAUCAUUAACCGGUGCUGGGCGUACGAGUACGAUUCUGCGCAUGAGGUUGUCCAUGAUCUGCAGAGCCUUCCGGGAGUCAAGCCGAUGAACGUGAGAAUUGGUAACAUCGAAUCGUACUGA